GCAGGAGGCAUUUAUCUAAGCAGAGUGCACAGCAACAGUGGAAGAUGCACAGAGUGAGCCUGCCAGAAUCAGGGAGACAUCCAUGGGAAUUGACAGAAGCUCCAAGCUCUUGCUUAGCCUUACUGCACUACUGGGCUUGGUUUACAACUGAGACUACAGCUUUAGAAUUACAGAGACUUCAAAUUAAAACUCUCUCUGAAAGGGAACACAUCUUUGACAACUCCUGUCAUCACAGAGCACAUUGACAUCCUGCAUAGCAUUUUGUAAACUGGAUUAUGACGUCUCUUCUCGGACUACGGUCUCAAGAGGAUGGAGCAGUCAACGCAGACCUUCACUGAGGACUAAAGAGAGACUUCAUCAUCCCAUAACCUGUCCUCUUCAGACCACACUCCAGCUUCAGCCAACCACAACCAGCUCCACAAAGUCCCCUCCACAACCACCCAGUCUCAAGGUCCCAUUAGGAACCCCUGCUGCAAGAACAGGGACCAACACAAGGGUCACAAGUCAGGGAUCAUGGGGUCACUGGGCUGAGGGAUAGCGCGCAGAUCUCUAUCUCACAUUUAAGUAUGUUGUUCAUUGAUCCCCACUGCAUUGUAUUAUAAUGCGCAAAUGGAUGCUGACAUGGAACCUUCAAUAUCUGUUCCCGGGACUGUACCUGCACGCAAUCUUCUUGUUCGGCAGUGUGUGUGUGGUCUACAGUGACUGCACUCCAGAGCAACUUGCUGCCAUCAUGAACUGCUCCAAACACGAGCGCCACACGAGGAACUACGACUACAUGGAGGGCGGGGAUGUGCGCAUUCGUCAGUUGUUCAGCCGCACACAGUGGUUCCUAACAAUUGAUGACUUUGGCAACAUCACCGGGACUCAAGAUCCCACCAACUGCUACAGUAUCCUGGAGAUCAGGACAGUGUCUGAGGGGGGUGUACUGGCUAUCAAAGGCGUGAAGAGUCAGUAUUAUAUCUCUAUGAACAAGGCUGGACAGCUGCAAGGCAAGAGGAUCUACAAUGAAAACUGCAACUUCAAGGAGGUUUUCCUAGAAAACUACUUCAAUGCUUACUCCUCUGCAAAGUGGACUAAAAAUGGCAAAGAAAUGUUCAUAGCUCUGUCUCAGAAAGGACGGCCAAUGCGAGGCAAGAAGACUAGGAGGGAGCAUAUAGCAUCUCACUUCAUCCCUAUUAAGUGCAGGGAGGAGGACCGGAGGGUGGACUGAAAAAGCUAAAAAGGACUAUUUGUGUAUGAUUUCCGUCACAUAUUAUAUAUGUUAACAGACACAUGUAAACUCAUUACCAACAUCACGCUCCACAAUCAGUCGUACGUUAGUUAUAUAAGGUUCCAUAACAUGUUGUAAUUUUCAUAAGCAACCGAUAUCAGAUGGGCACAUCAAACUAUUCCAAACAUCCUCAAACACGAUGUCGAAACAAGGAAAUAUUUGACAUAGCUUCAACUGGUACACCAACCGUAAAACCACUAAAGUCUACUCAAUGUUAUUGUUAUUUUGAGUUAAAUAUUAUAUUUCCUUAUAAAACAGUUAAGUGUUUUCUUAUAAAACAGUAAAAUGUAUUACGCACAGUCGGGACUGUAUCCUUUUCCAAAGAUGAUCUACACCCAGCCAGAUGAGGAGACCUGAAUGAUCAACAAAGAGGUCCAGAACAGAGAUUUGGCUCGACCAAGAUGUGCUGAAGCAAGCUGGACUUGUCUUUUUUUUUUUACUGGUACAAGUGCUCAGAGCACACACAACAGAGGCACAAUAAACUACAAUGGCAUGUUCAGUAAAAUUAGAGUUUGUAGGACAAUCUGUUUGUGGAUGAUCUGUUUUGAUCUGUCUGUCCUUCUUGCAUUGAUGACCAGACUGUGGUCGAAUGCAUUGUAGCUGCUCACUGAUUCCCUCUUCAUUAUCAAGGUGUGAUUUUGAAAAGCUAAAAUAUUCUGCUGCUGCUGAAAUGAUAUCCAGAUUAAAAUACAAAGUGAACUACAUAAUAAAUGUGUAUGCUAUGCAAUCUCUUUCCAUCAGAGUUAAUAAUUAUGUUUGCCAAAAGAUCACAUAUUUAUGAAUAAGGAGACGUUUUUUGAGUUUUGUCAAGACAUUACAAGUAUGACUACAGCCCUAUUUGCAUGGGACUAGUCUUACCUGGGAACCUUGUGAUUUAGAAAUCACACCCCCAAUGGCGAAGUCUGUAUUUUACUCGAAUUUACUGGCCUCAUCCCCAGGCUAUGAUGCUACACUAAUCUGCCACACACUGUCAUGUUAUCCAUCUCAUCAUCGUUCAAGAUUUCUCUCUUCUAAUUGAUUUGAUAUUGCUUUUUCUGCAUGCUGUGCACCCAAAAUGCUGUCAAAACACUGAUGUAUAACCGUCAAUGCAGCCUUUAUAGUUCUCAACUGGUGAAGACGCAGAAACAAGGUGUGGAGAAAACAGAAAACCUAAAUACAACCCCAAAUCACGAAGAUUUUACUUGACAAAUUAUGGACUUGACAUGAGAUUAAAAUCACAAAUGACCUCUGAAUUUAUUGCAAAUUAUCAGAGGUCAUCAUGUAAUGCUAGUCCCGUGCAAAUGAGCUUUCAACAAAAAAUGUAGGGAGGUGCAUUUAUCUUUAACAUGUCUAACACUCCUUUCCACUUUCCAUCUGAAAAGGCCAAGUAUCUGCAUGACAUCAUUACAAUAUCCCAAUACAGGCCCUAAAAUAACAUUACAUUAUCAUUCAUAGUUGUAAGUUAUUUAUAUAAAACAUUUGAGUUGUAUGUUAAAGUGUCCAUUUUCCUUACAAUGUGCAAUAUUCUACCAGUUUCUCAUGUUUUUUUUUUUUUUUUUUUUACCACUAGGGGGUAUUAAGGACUCUAAGCAAGCUCACAAACUUGCCUGUCAAAUUUUGAUGUAUUCCAAUAUUCACAGGUACUCUUUCCUGCUUUGGUCUGACAGUUUUGGUAUCUGGUUGACUUGCUGAAUGUUUCACCUUUCAUCAGCAAGCUGGUUUUUCACACCAGACACCUUCUAAUGUACCACCCCAGUCUGUGAGCAGUGUUGAUUUUUAAUGGAUCUGGCAGUACUAGCAACUUAUGACUUAAUGCAUGAAAUGAACCAUGCUUUUAUUCUGCCACAUAUAAAGCUAUGAAGCUGAAACUCUGGAGAAAGGUGAAGAGAACUGUAUUCAACCCACAAACUGUGAUAAAAAUUCAACACACUCUCAAUAAAUCCAAAUGAAAAAUGGAAUAAAAAAGUUUUUUACUAUUUGCAUGCUGACCAUUAAUAAGAAAGAUGACUUUGUUAUUCAGUAACAACUUUUAAAAUAUCUGUAAUCUUACAUGA